AUGGUAUUACAAGCAAUUAUUUGUCUGCGUGCACGAUACCUGAGACAAACCCCCAAUGACAUUCCCCAAGAGAUCGUUAACAACUCGCUGUACUACCCUUAUUUCAAGGAUUGUAUUGGUAUGAUAGAUGAGACUCAUGUUGAUGCAAUGCUUCCGAUUAAUCUUGUUCCAUGCUUUCAAGGUCGCAAAGGUGUUACACAGAAUGUGCUUGCAGCUUGCACCCCAAACAAGUUAUUCAUAUAUGUUUUAGCAGGCAAAUACUAUCUGUGUGAUGCCGGGUACCCAACCAUUCUAGGUUUCAUCUCCCCAUACCGAGGUGUUCGAUAUCAUUUAAAAGAACAUUCGGGUAAAACAUCUAAAAAUAGAAAAGAAUUAUUAUAUCUAAGACAUUCUUCCUUGAGGUCUAAGAUUGAAUCUGCAUUUGGCACAUUAAAAAAUCGUUUCAAGAUUUUGUGUGCUAAGCCGCAUUACCCUUUUCCUAUGCAAAUAGAUAUCGUAUUGGCAUGCACGGUACUCCAUAAUUUCGUUGUAACUAUGGAUCCAAGUGAUGAACAAUUCAACGAUGAUGAUUUUAAUGAAGACAUUGAUGGUGAGGUGGCAAAUGAGAAUGACAAUAGUUUAAUUGAUUUUACUCAAAAUCAAACCCAAAGAGAGCAAACUGAAUCAAGAAAUAAAUGGAAGACUCUUAGGGAUGACAUUGCUUGGGCGAUGUGGGUGGACUACUAUGAUAAGUAUAAUCAUAGUGUAACCACAGAGACUUGA